AUGUUGCGUGUUAUUGCUACUCAGAUGACUGCAAGAUGUCAAGCUGUUUUCCAAAGAUUUUCAAUCAUUGCUCAUUCUUCAGUGUCCAAUCAUCAGACAUCAGAACUAAGCAUAUCAAAGAAUAGCAAUAAGCCAUUUAUUCUGCUAGAAGAAAAUAGAUCUGUAAUACCGGUGUUCGAUUUCAAUCGAAGAUUAGGAAAUGUUUUUGCUCAAUUUCGAUAUCGAUAUUUUUUUGAAAAGGAAUUCACUGUCAAGGGCUUUCUCAACGGUGCAAUACAGGCCGCUGUAUUAUGUGCGGAUUAUAUUCGUCACGGAGAUUGGGGUAAUUUAAGAAGGAUUUUGACUGAUGAAGCUGUUUCUGAGCUACAAGCACGACUUGAUCCAUUUAAUGCGGAACAUUUUGAACGGUUGCAGUUUUCUAUUGAUGAUGUUAUUUAUUCUGUCAUCAAUUCAUCUUAUACAAGUGGCAAAAUACAACCAAAGACAUCAGGAUUGCGAUCAUUCUUUCCGGCAAAACACCGAGCUUUUUAUUCACAAGCUAUCAUUUAUAUCAAGAAGAGCAACAUCGAUGAAAGUAAAAGUAUCGAACGCUUGCUAAGGAUAUCACCCCCUGGGAGCUUGCUCAUCUGCAAUAUAACAUUGUCGAGGAUUUUAAACCCACUUGGAAUGUGGAAAGUUACUCGAAUCAAUUUCUUCGAUUACCCAUAA